AAACCUACCUGGGGAUCUAUACUCCUCUUUCUCUGACACAUCUCUUCUGGGACCUUUUGUGUCUUCAGGGACCUGCAUCUACCUGUGGAUAUCUGGGUCUUAGUCAUGCCUCUCACAACUCCUGUCCCUUCUAACAUGAGUAAGAAGGCCGACAAGAUCAUCACUGACCUGUCCAACAUUAGCCAGAAUGAUGAGCCAGACCCUGAGGCCUCUGAAUUCGACUUGGGGACCAAGAUCAAGACGCCCAAGGAUGUAAUGCUAGAAGAGCUCUCCCUGCUCAAUAACAAGGGCUCCAAGAUGUUCAAGAUGAGGCAGCAGAGAGUUGACAAGUUCAUUGUGACCAAUGAGAACAUGCAAAACCUCCAGAAUCUGCUGAUGUCCCCUCCGCCUGUUCCACCAAAACCCGAGAUGCCAAAAGAAGAAGUUGUGGAGAAGACUGUGAAUGAGGAAAAGGAAAAGGAGAAACAGAGGAAGGAGCAUGUGAGCACCUAUGUGUCACCAUGGGAACGAGCCAUGAAGGGCGACGAGGAGCUGACAGCCACCAUGAAGGCCUACAUGCCAGGACCCAUCCAGAUCCACCCAGAACUGCCUCCGUACAAGAGCUUUAACAGGAUGGCACUUCCCUACGGCGGCUUCGAAGGGGCAUCUAAGUUGUUGACCUUUGGGCUCCCAGAGCUUAGCGCUGCCACUGAGGAGCCAGAGACGUUGGCCAGCCUGGAGACUGACAUCCGCUCACGCCCCUCAUUCAACCGUACACCCAUCGGCUGGGUCUGCAGUGAGGACAGCUCACACAUCCCCCUGUACCUGGACAACAUCCCUUUCGAUGGAGAGACAGAUGAUCUGUGAACAUGCAUGCAGACACAAACAUGCUUAUAGUACUGGUAGCCUGAAAGACACACACACACACAAGUACUGUACAUGCACUGGAACUAUAUAACUAUAUACUGUAUAUAUAAGAGCAAGAGAUCACAAUUUACACCAGUUUAAAACUGUUGAAGCUCCUGUGAACACAUGCUGAAAUGUUCUUUAAUUGCAUGUAAUCAGCAUAAUUUAAAAAUGAGUUGAUGGAAAAGGACAACGUGUCUCCCCUGGUCUCCUGUGCUUUCCUACUUUUUCAUAUGCAGCUGUGAAUGAGUCAGUAGAAUUUUGCAUACUGUGAGCUAAUGUGAGACCUGUGUGAAUAUACAUAUAGGCAGGCACUCUGCAUUCUUAGAACAGUCUAUAAAUGCAAUAAGCUUCCCCUUCACAGAAUGUCUGUCUUCUUGUCCUGUUGAUGCUGCAUGUGCUAGUCCUGGAGAACUGUCAUUACAGUAUUGAAUAAUAAAAACAAACCAAUCUCAACUCAAGGUCCUAUUACUAUUUCUUUCUGGAGUUUUCAACCACACUUUUCAUUGGAUGGAG